AUGGCUUCCCUCAUCAAAUGGGUCCAUCCUAAAUCCUCGAAGAAGAACGAUUUGAAGAGUUCAAAAAAAAGGCACUACUAUCCUGCCAACAUUGGCGAGAUUCUGCGAUCCAAAUACCAGAUUGUCGGUAAACUGGGAUUUGGUGUCACUUCCACUGUUUGGCUCGCUCGUGAUCUCGAUGUCGAUAUGUCACAUCCUGGCUAUGUGCACGUGGGAACUGCAUUAGACAGAUUCACCAUUCCGCAUCUGGGAAACCACCAUCACUGCCUUGUCCAGAAGCCUAUAUGGGAGAGUUUCACACACCUGCUCUAUCGUAACCCAACACAUAGGUUUACAGAAGACCUUCUUAGGGCUGGGCUUAAACAAGUCUUUCUCGCGCUUGAUUAUCUCCAUAGGGAAUGCAAACUCGUGCAUGCAAAUAUCAAGAGCGACAAUAUUCUCCAGGAAAUAGAAGACACGUCUAUCCUAAACAGCUUUUCUAUAGCCGAGAAGGAGCACCCCUCGUCUCGAAAAUACGUUAUUACUAUACCGAUUUACGCUUCUCGGUGGUUCGAUUUGCCUAGAGCGUUUGGCAUGGCAGUUCUCAGUGACUUCGGUUCAGCUGUACAAGGAGACGAAACAAGAAACCACAACCCUCAGCCCAACGGUUAUAGAGCACCGGAAGUUAUGUUAAAGGCUGAAUGGAGCUAUCCAAUUGAUAUAUGGAACGUUGGUGUCAUGGACCUAUUUGAAGGCAAGCACUUGUUCGAUGGCGACGAUUCUGAUGGGAAAGGGUAUUCCACGCGUGCGCACCUUGCUGAAGUUAAUGGAAUUUUGGGGCCGCUUCCUUUGACCCUAGUUAGGCGCGGGACGCGAAGUCCUGAGUUCUUCACUGAAGAUGGGUAUUGGAAAAGUGAUAUUGAGAUCUCGAAAGGUGUGUCCUUGCAUAACUCGGAAGAAUUUCUGAGUGGUCGAAAUAAAGAGAUGUUCUUGGAGUUCCUGAAGGGUAUGCUUCAAUGGAAGCCAGAAGAUCGAAAAACGGCCAAGGAACUACUGCAAGAUCCUUGGCUAAACGGCCAUUCGAUCUAG